UUAGAAACAGAGCAAGAGCAACGCUUUAGCAGACACAAUCAUCCAUGGAAGGAGGAGAUAUAUGCAGUGCGAGCAACAGCCUGCGCGUGAUCAGCUCCACCAUGGCGAGGGACCAUGCGACGACGGCGAUGGACGUGUUCUCGAGGUCUUCAGGCGUCGACGAGGAUGAUGAAGAAGCUCUCAAAUGGGCUGCUCUGGAGAAACUCCCGACCUUCGACCGUCUCCGGAAAGGAAUCCUGAUGGCUUCGCGCGGCGGGGGUGCCAAUGAGAUCGACAUCCAGAACCUGGGCUUUCAUGAGAGGAAGAGAUUGAUGGAGAGAUUAGUGAGGGACGCUGAAGAGGACAACGAGAAGUUCUUGCUGAAGCUCAGGAACCGCAUUGACAGAGUUGGAAUUGAUAUUCCUACUAUUGAAGUUAGAUUUGAGCACUUAAACGUGGAGGGAGAAGCCCAUGAAGGAAGUAGAGCUUUGCCGACCUUCAUCAAUUUCUGGAUUGAUAUUCUAGAGGGCCUCUUGAAUUUUCUGCCCAUACUUCCUAAUGGAAAGAAGCACUUCACUAUCCUUCAAGAUGUCAGUGGGAUCGUCAAACCUGGCAGGAUGACUUUGCUUAUGGGUCCUCCUAGUUCAGGGAAGACGACACUCUUGUUAGCUUUGGCAGGCAAGCUUGAUCCUAUACUAAAGACAACAGGAAAGGUAACUUACAAUGGACAUGGCUUGAAUGAGUUUGUGCCCCAAAGAACUGCAGCUUACAUAAGUCAACACGAUAUUCACAUAGGAGAAAUGACAGUUAGAGAAACUUUGGCCUUCUCCGCAAAAUGUCAGGGUGUUGGAUCACGAUAUGAUAUGUUGUCAGAGUUGUUGAGAAGAGAGAAAGUGGCAAAUGUAAAACCAGACCCUGAUAUUGAUAUCUUCAUGAAGGCAGCAGCAAUAGAAGGUCAGGAGGCUAAUGUUAUCACUGAUUAUAUUCUUAAGAUUUUAGGGUUGGAAAUAUGUGCUGAUACAAUGGUUGGAGAUGAAACGUUGAGAGGUAUUUCUGGAGGACAACGGAAGAGUGUGACCACAGGUGAGAUGCUGGUUGGGCCUGCCAAGGCAUUGUUCAUGGAUGAGAUAUCUACUGGGCUUGAUAGCUCGACGACAUAUCAGAUUGUCAACUCUUUGAAACAAUUUAUUCGCAUUUUUGAUGGAACAACGGUUAUCUCUCUCCUCCAGCCAGCUCCGGAGACUUAUGAUUUGUUUGACGAUAUCAUUCUCCUCUCUGAUGGUCAGGUCGUGUACCAGGGCCCACGUGAACUCGUUCUAGAUUUCUUUGAAUCCAUGGGAUUCAAAUGCCCUGGGAGGAAGGGGGUCGCCGAUUUCUUGCAGGAAGUAACAUCAAGAAAGGAUCAGCAUCAGUAUUGGGUACGCAAAGACGAGCCUUACACUUUCGUCACAGUUCGGGAAUUUGCGGAGGCAUUCCAGUCAUUUCACGUGGGAAGAAAACUUGGGGAUGAACUGUCUACUCCAUUUGAUAAGAGCAAGAACCACCCGGCCGCUUUGACUACCAAAAGAUUUGGCGUUGGAAUGAAGGAUUUACUGAAAGCUUGCAUUUCAAGAGAGUAUUUACUUAUGAAAAGGAAUUCCUUUGUCUACAUCUUCAAAAUUGUUCAGCUCACAAUUAGCGCGAUUAUUACGAUGACCUUUUUCUUUCGGACUAAGAUGCAUCGGGAUACCACUCAUGGAGGAGAUUACAUUGGUGCCUCGUUCGUCACCAUAAAUUCAGUAGUGUUCAAUGGAAUGGCGGAGCUUUCAAUGACCGUAGCCAAGCUCCCAAUUUUCUACAAGCAAAGAGACCUCCUCUUCUAUCCGGCAUGGGCAUAUGCUCUUCCAACUUGGAUUCUAAAGAUCCCUAUCACUUUUGUGGAGGUUGCAGCUUGGGUGUUCAUCAGCUACUAUGUCAUUGGAUACGAUCCAAAUGUUGGAAGGUUGUUCAAGCAGUUUUUGCUUGUGCUUGUUGGCCAGAUGGCCUCUGGAUUGUUUCGAUUGAUUGCGGCACUUGGGAGAAACAUGGUCGUUGCCAACACAUUGGCAACAUUUGCUACGUCCAUUUUCGUAGCAUCGGGCGGAUUCGUUCUUUCCCGAAAGGAAGUGAAGAAAUGGUGGAUUUGGGGCUACUGGACAUCUCCUUUAAUGUAUGGGCAGAGCGCAAUGGUCAUUAACGAGCUUCUAGGGUCGAGUUGGGAUAAAAUUCCCCUAAAUUCAAGUUCAAACGAACCACUGGGAAUUCAAGUUUUGAAGUCCCGUGGGUUCUUUACUGAAGCAUACCAGUAUUGGAUAGGAGUUGGGGCAUUGUUUGGGUUCAUCAUCCUCUUCAACUUUGGGUUUUCAGUGGCUCUUGCUCUCCUCAAUCCCUUUGGCACAUCCCAGACAGUAAAAUCAGAUGAUUCUAAGGGCAGUGAUGAUGUUAACAGAAUAGGAGGAUCAAUUCAGUUGCAAUCUCAAGGCUCUAGUCACAAAAAUAGAUCAGGCAAGUCAUCCAGGUCCGCACUUGCAGAGUUUGAGACGACCAUCACUGUCAAUAGGAAAAGAGGAAUGGUGCUCCCAUUUGAGCAAUACUCAAUUAGUUUUGAUGAAUUAACUUAUUCAGUUGACAUGCCACAGGAAAUGAAGAAUAAAGGUGUUCUCGAGGAUAAAUUGGUUCUCCUGAAAGGUGUAAGUGGUGCUUUUAGGCCAGGUGUUCUCACAGCUUUGAUGGGCGUUAUCGAUGCUGGCAAAACUACUCUGAUGGAUGUAUUGGCUGGGAGAAAAACUGGAGGAUACAUCGAAGGGGACAUAACAAUUUCUGGGUAUCCAAAGAACCAAGAUACAUUUGCUCGGAUUUCCGGAUACUGUGAACAGAAUGACAUCCAUUCACCUCAUGUUACUGUCUAUGAGUCGGUUCUUUACUCUGCAUGGCUGCGUUUACCUCCUGGUGUGGACAACCGAACCAGAAAGAUGUUUAUUGAGGAAGUCAUGGAGCUUGUGGAGCUAAAUCCGCUGAGACAGGCCUUGGUUGGUUUGCCUGGUGUGGAUGGUCUCUCCACUGAGCAACGCAAAAGGCUAACCAUAGCAGUCGAACUAGUCACAAACCCAUCAAUCAUUUUCAUGGACGAACCAACUUCAGGGCUUGAUGCAAGAGCUGCUGCUAUUGUCAUGAGAACAGUUAGGAAUACGGUGGACACGGGGAGAACGGUCGUAUGUACAAUUCACCAGCCGAGCAUUGAUAUGUUUGAAGCUUUCGAUGAGCUUUUCUUAAUGAAACGAGGGGGACAAGAGAUAUAUGUUGGUCCUCUGGGUCGCCAGUCUUCUCAUCUAAUAGAGUAUUUAGAGGGAAUCCAAGGAGUAAGCAGAAUCAAAGAUGGCUAUAAUCCAGCAACUUGGAUGCUCGAAGUUACAAGCCCAGCACAAGAACUCACUUUGGGCGUCGAUUUUUCUGAUUUGUACAAAAACUCAGAUUUGUACAGGAGAAACAAGGCUUUGAUUAAAGAGUUGAGCAUACCUCCUCCAAAUUCUAAGGAUCUUUACUUCCCGACUAAGUAUUCUCAGUCAAUUUUCACUCAGUUAAUGGCUUGCUUAUGGAAGCAACAUUGGUCUUAUUGGCGGAAUCCGCCUUACACAGCCGUUCGGUUCCUCUUCACCAUUUACGUCGCCUUAAUGGUUGGGACUAUGUUCUGGGACCGCGGCUCCAAAACGACUCGGAGCCAAGACUUGUUCAUUGCGAUGGGAUCCAUGUAUUCGGCCGUUCUCUUCCUUGGGAUCCAAAAUGCGUCCUCCGUGCAACCUGUUGUAGCAGUGGAAAGAACGGUUUUCUAUAGAGAGCGAGCUGCAGGGUUGUACUCAGCCCUUCCAUACGCAUUAGCACAAGUUCUAAUUGAAGUCCCUUAUGUUCUAAUGCAAGCUACAUCAUAUGGUUUAAUAGUUUACGGAAUGAUUGGAUUUGAAUGGACCGUCGAAAAAUUUUUCUGGUAUCUGUUCUUCUCAUACUUCACAUUGUUAUAUUUCACCUACUUUGGCAUGAUGACCGUGGGCAUAAGCCCAAACCAGCACAUCGCUACCCUCAUCGCUACUGCAUUCUACACCAUUUGGAACCUCUUUUCAGGGUUCAUUGUGCCAAGGACUAGGAUGCCUAUCUGGUGGAGAUGGUACUAUUGGGCGUGCCCAUUUGCUUGGAGUUUAUAUGGAUUAUUGGUCUCUCAGUUUGGUGAUUUGAAGAACACGCUCGAGGACACUGGGACCACGGUGGAAGAAUUCAUGAGAGAUUACUUCGGUUUCCGACAUAAUUUUCUGGGCACGGUCGCCGCUAUGAUGUUAGGAUUCACAGUGCUCUUCGCGUUCAUUUUCGCCAUUUCAGUCAAGUUGCUCAAUUUUCAGAAGCGGUAGACUUUAGCAUUGCAUCGAUCCACAUAACUAGCAUGUUUCUGUAAGAAAAGGAGCAAUGCUCAAGCAUACGCUGGGCAUCAUUUUAUUUUUCUUUAUUUUCCUCUUGAUCUAUGCUAUUUUUCCAGUCAAAUAAUG